AGCGGAACCAUGUCGUUUGUUGCGGUACCACAGGGAAGCGAUUUCCCGAUCGAAAAUCUUCCGUACGGUGUAUUUAGCACCGCUGGCAAUCCAACAGCUCGCAUUGGAGUUGCGAUCGGCGAAAAGAUCCUCGAUCUAUCGGCAGUGGCGAGCUAUUAUCCGGAAGGUGUACGGAAUGCCCUGCAAGCGACCGUCCUGAACGAUCUAAUGUCGCUCGGUUGUGACGCUUGGACCGAAGUAAGACGCAUCACCAAGGAACUCCUGCUCGAAGGUUCUGCGCUACACAAAGAUGCGGCUCUUCAAGCCCGUGCCCUUGUACCGCAAUCCGAUGCGAAAAUGCACCUUCCAGCCAACAUCGGCGAUUAUACGGAUUUCUACUCUUCGAUCCAUCAUGCCACCAACGUUGGCGUUAUGUUCCGGGGUAAGGAAAACGCCCUGAUGCCCAACUGGAAGCAUCUUCCAGUUGGAUACCAUGGCCGUGCUAGCUCGGUCGUUGUAUCCGGCACACCAAUCCGUCGUCCAUAUGGCCAAACGCUUCCGGUCGAUGGUGCCGAUCCAGCUUUCGGCCCAUGCCGAUUGUUUGAUUUCGAGCUGGAAAUGGCAUUCUUUGUCGGUGGACCACCAACCGAGCUGGGCGAACGGGUUACGGUGCGUGACGCCGCUAAGCGUGUGUUCGGGUUCGUGCUGAUGAACGAUUGGAGUGCACGGGACAUACAAAAGUGGGAGUACGUUCCGUUGGGACCGUUCACGGCGAAGAAUCUCGGCACGAGCAUUUCACCGUGGAUUGUACCGGUGGCAGCGCUGGAACCGUUCCUCGUGGACAACUUCCCGCAGGAUCCGACUCCAUUCCCGUACUUAAAGCACGAGCAAAAAUUCAACUUCGACAUCAAACUGGAAGUCGACAUUAAGCCGAAAGCAACGGGCGUAGCAACGACGGUUUGCCGCUCGAACUACCGAAACCUGUACUGGACGGCGUUGCAGCAGAUCGCCCAUCACACCGUUACCGGGUGCAAUCUUAACCCGGGCGAUCUGAUGGCGUCCGGUACGAUCAGCGGUGAUGCGUCCGACUCGUUCGGUUCGAUGCUGGAGCUAAGCUGGAAGGGCACGAAACCGGUUCCGCUGAGCGGUGGGGAGUCGCGUAAAUUUCUACAGGACAACGAUGAGGUCGUCAUCCGUGGGUACUGCUCGACGGAUGAUGGGCUGAGGAUUGGAUUCGGCACGUGCGCCGGUGUGGUGCUUCCGGCAACACCGUUCGAAUGAAUCGU